CUUGUCGACAAGUUCACUCCUUGUACCUUACCUAGGUACAAUACUCCGUACACACCACCUACUACUGCUGCAGGCUUAGGUAAACGCGCACCCAACUACGGAGUACGACUAGCACUAAUUGCUCUUCUCCCUCCGCAUCUUUACAAGUCCAGCUCCAAUAUUUCUCAGAGCCUCAAAGCCUGCAGCCAACCUAUCACACGUCAUUCUGUUCAACACGUCCACAUCCCUACACCACGGCCCAGACGCGAUCCUAGAAAAACCUCCUCUGCCAGCGCAGAAUAGCAGCUGUAUGGCCAGCUCGCGGUCGCACAGCCGGAAUGCUUCCCAAACACGUAGAUCCCCCGGCGACGGGGAUGAUUCAGUACUCGGUGCAGUACUCGAUACACGGCAGCUGGAGGCCUUCAGCCGAAAGGUCACAGCUACCGCGAGCCAUCUGAUGGGUGACAACUCCACGCACUAUCCCAGCGCUAUGACGAGUAUAUCGCGCCAGAUGCGUCGGCCAGCGCUUCAGAGAGGUGUCCUUAGCUUUUCACAACAAGCUCCUUCGGAAAUGGUCAGGGCGAAGUUGUCUACAAGCGAGAUAGCCCACCGCGCCCUCACUUACAUCUCCGAUGAUCAACUUCAUAAUAUUCCCGAACACGAUGAGAAUAGCUAUUCCCUAUUCCAAGGCUUCGAAGCCUCGUUACCCGAAGGCGAGAGUGAACAUCGGAAGGGACACCGACGGCGGAGUUCUAAACAGCACAGGCUUCUGGGUGCUGGAGAUGUUGAAGAGGAGGGCCCUCCAACGGUACAAAACCUGAAAAAGAAACGCAAUACUGUCAACCACAGACUGGAAAUGAUGGCUAUCAGGAAGAACAUGUGCACGACUGAGAUAAGGGAGAUCGACAACAAGAUUGCAAACCUCCACAAUAUGAGAGGAAUCGUCCUUGACAGGCUUGCUGGCCUCGAGAAUGACGAAGCCGAGGUCGAGCACGAACUGCUCGAGCUCGAUAAUAAGAUUGAAGAGAUGCAGGAAGAACUCGAGGAGCAGGGGCCGCUGGAUGACUCUACCAGUACACUCAACCCUCCAAGAGUAGAUACACCCGAGUCCGAGGCUAUGGAUGCCUCCUUUAUGUCUCAAUCGAUAUACGAAAAACUACCGACGGCGACUUCUCCAAAGUCUCCCAAAACAAAACGCCGUCCGACAUAUGCAAAGAGAAAGUCCAUGCCUGUUUUGCACGAGCAUCUGGAACCUGGUUCUCAUUUGAAAACCAUCCCAGCCCACAAUGACACCAUAACGGCCUUAGAUUUCGAUCAACCGUUCGGCACUAUGGUUAGCGCAGCUCUUGACGACACAGUUCGUGUGUGGGACUUGAAUCUUGACCGGUGCAUGGGCUUUUUGGAGGGUCAUACUGCAUCCGUUCGGUGUCUCCAAGUCGAAGAUAACAUUGUCGCUACGGGCAGUCUCGAUGCGACCAUUAGGCUCUGGGAUCUCAGCCGAGCCAAGUACGAACCUUAUGAGCAUAAAAUUGUCGAGAACGGAGACGGAGGACAAGGUGGAGAUGACGAGGACGACGGCCUCGGCUUUGGCAACGAAACCGAAGAUGCUCCUCCACCCCCACCACCCGAUGCUAUGGAGGACUGCCCGCUGUUCGUCCUUGAAGCUCACGUCGACGAAGUCACUGCUCUACAUCUACGCGGAGACAUGCUUGUUUCAGGCUCUGCCGAUAAGACUCUCCGACAGUGGGACUUGGUCAAAGGCCGCUGCGUGCAGACUCUUGAUGUGCUCUGGGCCGCUGCUCAAGCGAGUACUACCCUGAACAGUACAGAACCACAAUGGCGGCCGACCGGACGAACCGCCGAUGCUAGCGCAGAUUUUGUAGGCGCUCUGCAAUGUUUCGACGCCGCCUUGGCCUGUGGCACUGCUGAUGGAAUGGUUCGACUUUGGGAUCUUCGAAGUGGCCAGGUGCACAGAAGUCUCGUCGGACAUACAGGACCCGUGACUUGUCUACAGUUUGACGAUACUCAUCUCGUGACAGCCAGUGCAGACAGAAGCGUCAGGAUCUGGGACCUCCGGACAGGGACAAUUUUUGACGCUUAUGCUUAUGACUCCCCAAUCACGGGCAUGAUGUUCGAUGCCCGACAUAUCGUGUGCGCUGCUGGUGAAGAUGUGGUGAAAAUAUACGACAAGGCUGAUGGUAAACACUGGGAUUGCGGUGCAGGUGCAAACCUCUCUGUUGAGGACCGCAUGGCUGGUACGACCACCAGCAUUGUCGAACGAGUCAGAUUAAAGGAUGGAUACUUGGUUGAGGGCAGACGAAGUGGUGAAGUUGGAGUUUGGACUUGCUGAUGGCGAGCCUGGAAGAUCAAUGUACAACAUUCGGGUGUAUGGAUGAGCGACGUCUUCACCACGACCGACUGCAUAUGCCACAAUAUUAAGCACAGGCCUAUGGAUUUAUACGUAACCUGAAGCAGGUGCGAUUACAUGGACAUACACUGCUCUCCUCCUCAGACAAUACUUCACUGUUAACAACAAUGAUAACCUUUUUCCUGGGUACCGCAAUUUUCCAGGCGCCUCAAACUCCAUGAUAUGCCCCAAUGGUAUUGCGUUCCGUCGUUUCCAAAGAGCUCCUCCUCAUGUACACCCUCAAAGCGGUCGCUCUAGAUAUGGCCGGAUGGCGCUGGAGCAGAACCCAUCUCUUGUCAGACACCCCUAACAAUACACUCAGCGUUUGCCCAUUCGCAGUGUGAGACGCGGACGCCCUUGUGGUCGGUGGUGUCUCGGGACGUCAUCGGGUGCUCUUCCCGAUGCAACAUUGUCCACGACGGUUCCCGCCAGUUCCCAACACCGAACGGAGGAGCCGCGGUCACCCCCUCGCCUAUCUCUCAGGACCUCCAGGUGGACGUCGUCGAAGAGCGGUUUGACGCGCGCCCUGACAAACGCAGGCAUGUCCAACGGAGACGGCAGGCCCCGGAGACGAUCCUCCAAUCUUUCCUCGGUGUACAGGAGAGAAAUCGGCUGGCCGAGAGCCUCGUACAGAAUCCUCCGGUGUUCUCUUGACCUUUCGGGGUCCACCACCGGAGGAAUGACCGUUGAUGACGAACUGUCCGUGUCAUAGCCCUCCACGCUGAUCACCCCACGGACGCAUGACUCUGUCGACGGGGUCGACGGAGGAGGAACCCAGUCUGUGGGCACUUCCUUGGGCUGAGCUGCGGCAGCCACCUGUCUCACCGGAGUGAACGAACGCGACCUGAGGACCUUCUUCAAGUCCCGGUCCGCCUCCCGUCUCGAUAGACCAUGGACGUCACGGGCGGCACGUCGUGAGCCGGUAACAUUCUCACCCUGAUCUGGCCGACCGCCGGUGCUUGUGUUGUUUGUCCCAUGGCGGUUGCCGCCGCUCUUCCGCCUGCGGUUCUUUCUUCCUGAUCUGGUCCGGAUGAAAGGGUGGCCCUCGGGGAUCGAAACUCUUGUGGAUUCAGACAUGAUCUCCGUCGGUGUUGGAAAGGGGUGGUUCUUGGAAGAAGAAGAUAAUAAUUCAGACAGUCGACGCUGAUGUGUAACAGGA